GAAUCUGAUCAGUACAAAGUCGAAAAUCGGGCGGAAAGCAUUGCGGAGAUCGCGGAAAACAUAUAAGCAAAACAAAAAAGUAAAAAAAGAGAAGUAAAAUAAGUAAACGUGAGCACGAUAAACGUCGAAAACAAACAAAGUGUAGAUAUAGAUACAUAACGCACACAAGUGAAACCCGCCAAAAAGAAUCGAGAAAAGCAUAAAGCCAAUUGAACUGAAAAUUAUUGGGUUCAAUUGCUGAAAUAACGAAAGCAGACUGAAAGCUGCAUGAGAACUUUUCGGAUUUCGGGGUGAAAAGAUUCUAUAUUGGACUCAUAAUAUAUAGCAGCUGACCUAGCAGCCUUAUAGAACCGCCGGCGAACCGAAGGAGAUGAAUCGAACUGCGCUGUCCACUGGCAGCUCCAGCCGCAAGCUUCCGGCGCUCUUGUUUGGCCUUCUGCUCUGCCUGCUCCUGUUGGCCCAGACCGCCCAGACCACCCAGACCGCUCGCACUUCCUCGGAGGAUGAGAGCGACUUGGCCGUCAUUCCGCCGGAUGCCGACAAUGUGGAGAUCCAUCAGGUUAGAAUCGUGGACGGCGUCCUGCAGGAGGACCAUCCGGUGAUCAUGUACAAGGAGGACUUUGUCAGCGAGGAUUAUGAUCCCACUAAGAACGAAACCAAUCCAGGUCGCCACAAGAAGCACAGGAGGACCCACCACCAUCGCGCGGAGCCACAGCAGGAAAGUGAGGACGACAAGAUCCUUUUCGACAUCCUGCCGGACAAGCCGAUCGUGUUGUCCGAUGACCUGAAGGCUCUGCCGAAGAGCAACGUGGAGGCCGCCCAGCUGGCGGAGCCCAUCAAGGAGCCCCUCAAGGAGGAGUGGCUGGGGAAAUACCCCAAGAAGGUCCACAGUCGCCAACGCAGACAGGCUCAAAAUGCUUACGAACCAGUCUAUGAAUAUUACCGUGAAAACCCGAAGUUGAACUACCUAAGCUUCUUAAUCUACAAGCGACCCAUAGCGCCUGGUAAGGCGCCACCUAAGCUCCAACCGGUCAACCAGUCAAACAAUAUUUUCCGUCAGGACACUGUUCCGCAACCCGAUUUCGUUGGCAACCGCGAUGACUUCAAUAGUAUAAUUCACAAUUCAGAUCCAAACAUCGCGGAUUUCUCCAUAUAUACGAGCACAACCAAGAGGCCACCGUUUGUGAUCAUGGAAAGCGAGCCAGUGACGAGAAAACCAAUCGGCAGCAACAGCUGGGGCAAUGGCCUAAAUGGCUGGGGAGGGAGCGGAAGCGCGGCGAGUGGCUCGCGGCCACAAAGGCCGCCCACCCGGAGGCCCAUGGUGGGACUCCCGACGGUGCGUCCCGAGGCGGGACAGGUCCGCCCACCAGCCGUAGACAGCCAAACCACCAGCAGCGGCAACAGCGAACCGAAGGUCAGCAAGUGCGUGUGGGCGAUCGUGAACUGCUGCACCAGCGACAGCCAGAAAGUGCGGUACAGCUGCUUCGAGGAGUUCGGCUGCCACGGAGCCUUCUGGGACAUCAAUCCCUGUGCGGAUCAGGUUGUCCGCGACGCGGAUCUCGUGCCCUUAGCCGGAUUCUCGCCCCCGGGCCUCGCCUCCGCGCCCCCCACCCGUCGUCCCCCCUCCUCCUCCAGGAUAGACUCCUUGCAAUUUCCCCAGGAGCUGGGCUACCAGGAGGGCAGCCAGUGCCAGAGGGCCUCUAAGUACUGCUGCUCCCAGAAGAGCAUCGGAUCCCAGUACGACUGCUUCCACCACUACGGCUGCCCCGAGAGCAUCUCGGCCGUAAUCUCCAGCUGCUCCUAGGACUCGCAGGAUGCUGGAUAAGUCCUGAAAUGGACUGAGUCUAAACAAUCAUUGCGACAAGAGCCUCGCGUUUUUACAGCCCUUUUUGCAGCAUUAGGGUUCCCAGAUUAAUCUCGAACUAUGUAUAAUAUCACUUCUAGUCGGCUUUGCCCAUGAGGCUGGUCCUAAUUAAUAAAGAUUUUUCUGUACUAAACUAACAAACGUAA